AUGUUCCUCUCUAAGCCAACACAGGAACAAAAAGCUGAAGAAUUAAUAGAUUGCUUAAGGAAAAAAAGAAGUGAAACUGUUUUAAAAGAGUUAGAAAACAGCAAAGAAAAUGAUUGGAUUAAAAAUACCUUAAAAGGAUUUAAGUUAUUAAGACUUGCAAGUCAAAUUGAUAGUGUUGGAGUAGUGAGUUAUAUCAUUGAACAUUAUCCGGAACGAUUAAACUACCAAGAUGUGUAUGGGAAAUCAUGUCUUUUUUAUGCUGUUGAACAAGAACAAUGGAAUACUGUGAAAUAUUUGAUUAGUAAGAAUAUUAAUUAUUAUAUGGCAGAUAAAAAUGGAAACUCAUUAUUACAUAUUCUUGCAAAGAUUAAAGCCAAAAAGGAAUACGAGGUUAUAUAUUUUGAAUUAGUACAAAAGCUUAUUUCUCAUAGAAGGAUAGUGAGAGGUAAAAAUAUACUUGGUGAAACACCAUUGCAUAUUGCUUGUCUUAAUAGUCACAAGAAAUUGAUUCAAUUACUUAUUGACAACAAAUCAUUAAUACAUUGUAAGACUGAAAAAGGAUUAACUCCUUGGGACUAUUGUCAAUUUAGUGAUAAGAUUUGUAUUGAUCUAUCUACAAUGAAUGACCCAGAUGAUGGCACACCAAAUAGUGUCUCUCCAUUUUCGAAUGAAUCAUUUAGUGAUAGUGAACAAAGUGGAGGAAAUAAAUUAAAAAGGUCACGAAACACCUCUUGA